CGAUCUUUAGGGUUCUUGGAGGGCGGCCGCAAAAUGGCGGAGAGGGGAGGAGGAGGAGGAGGCGAGCAGCGCGAGCGCGGUGGAUUCGGCCGGGGCUUCGGCGGUCGCGGCAGGGAUCGCGGCCGUGGCGACCGCGGCCGCGGCCGGCGCUCCAGGCGCGCGGACGAGGAGGAGAAAUGGGUGCCGGUGACCAAGCUCGGCCGCCUCGUCAAGGACGGUAAGAUUAGGAGCCUCGAGCAGAUCUAUCUCUUCUCCCUCCCCAUCAAGGAGCACCAGAUCGUCGAGUUCUUCCUCGGCAGCGCGCUCAAGGACGAGGUGAUGAAGAUCAUGCCAGUGCAAAAGCAGACGCGCGCCGGGCAGAGGACGCGAUUCAAGGCCUUUGUGGUGGUGGGCGACAACAAUGGCCACGUUGGUCUGGGCGUCAAGUGCAGCAAGGAGGUGGCGACCGCGAUCCGAGGCGCGAUCAUCCUCGCCAAGCUCGCGGUGAUCCCAGUGAGGCGAGGCUACUGGGGAAACAAGAUAGGCAAGCCACACACCGUCCCGUGCAAGGUCACUGGGAAAUGCGGCUCGGUGACUGUCCGGAUGGUGCCAGCGCCCCGAGGAGCUGGGAUCGUUGCCGCUCGCGUCCCCAAAAAGGUGCUCCAGUUUGCCGGGAUCGAGGACGUUUUCACCUCGUCGCGCGGAUCGACCAAGACUCUGGGAAACUUCGUCAAGGCUACGUACGACUGUCUGUUGAAGACGUAUGGGUUCCUCACCCCGGAUCUGUGGAAGGAGACCCGGUUUACCAAGUCGCCGUUCCAGGAGUUCACGGACUACCUGUCCAAGCCUACCAAGUUGGUGAUCGAGGACGUCGAGAAGGCCCCGGUGUACUGAGUAGUACUACUACUAUUCCCUGUUUCAUCUUUUUGGAGCUUGAAUACCAAAGUUUUUGAUUUGCUCA